CCGGGACCCCCGCGAGCCAUGCCGCCGUCCUCCCCCCGGCCCCCGGCCCCCGAGGGCCUGCGGCCCUCGCCCUUCCCGCACCCGGCGCUGCACGCCCUGCACAGCGUGGCCCUGGCGCUGCUCUUCCCGGCCUACUGGCUGCUGGACCGGCUCCUGGGCUACUGGGCCCCGGCGCGGCCCCGGGGCGGGCCGUCGGGCAGCGCCGCGGUGCUGCCGCCGCUGCUGCUGCUGGGCCUGCCCCCCGCGCUGCCCGGCCUGCUGCUCUGGCUGCCCCUGCAGGCCUGGCGGCGCCCCUUCCGCUACCAGCCCCCGCCGUCGUGCUGGGCGCCCCCCGCCCCCUGGCUCCCGCCCGCCGAGCCCCGGCGCCGCUUCGCCUUCCUCACCGCCAACCUGUGCCUGCUCCCCGACGGCCUGGCGCGCUUCAGCAACCUGCCGCACAGCCAGCGGCGGGCCGAGGCCCUGGGCCUCACGCUGGGGACCCCCGCCGGCGGCCGCGCGCCCCUGCCCGGGGCCCCCCGCGGGGUGCUGACGGCCUCCGUGCCCGCGGGCCUGGACUUCGUGUGCCUGCAGGAGGUCUUCGACCUCCGGGCCGCCCGCCGCCUGGCGCGCCGCCUGGCGCCCAGCCUGGGCCCCGUAUUGUACGACGUGGGCUCGCUGGGCCUGCGGCGCGGGCCCUACCUCAAGCUGAUGAACAGCGGGCUGCUCCUGGCCUCGCGCUACCCGCUGCUGCGGGCCAGCUUCCACUGCUUCCCCGACUCAAGGGGGGAAGACGCCCUGGCCUCCAAGGGCCUGCUGUCUGUCCAGGUGCAGCUGGGCAUCCUGGACGAGCUGCGCGUCGUGGGGUUCCUGCACUGCACACACCUGCAAGCCCCAGCGGAGGAUGGGGCCUUGCGCUGCGCACAGCUGGCCCUGCUGCUGGACUGGGCGGAGCAGUUUGAGGAUGAAGGCUGCCAGGGUGGAGAGGUAGUGGCCUUUAGUGUGCUCCUGGGAGACCUGAACUUUGACAAUUGCUCUAAAGAUCACAAGCAGGAACAGGGGCACAAGCUCUUCAGUUGCUUUCAGGACCCCUGCCGGCUGGGCAUGGGGCAGGAGCAGCCCUGGGCUCUGGGGACCUUCCUGAGGACCUCCAGGCUUCACCACUCGGUCGCGAGCUCCCCGGAGAUGCUCCGCAGGGCCCUGGAGCAGGAGAAAGGUCGCCACCUCUACAUGGCUGGCUCUCCCCAAGGAAGCCAGAGGGCUAAACCCUGGAGGGGCCGACGCCUGGACUAUAUCAUGUACCGGGGAGUGCCAGGAGGCCUACUUAACCCAGAAGUGGAGCAGGUGACGUUCAGUACUGCUCUGGCCGGCCUCACAGACCAUCUGGCCAUGGGCCUGCAGCUCCAAGUUUCUCUGUGCUCCUGACACUGGCACCUAAGAUGCACGACGGUACAGUCA